GCGCCGCGGUGCCUGCCGGGACGGGUCGUGGUCGUCCCGUCAGGAAGUGGCGGGCGGAGAGGAGUCGCGGCCGAGACGGCGGCCGCUGGUCUCCGAGCGCGGGAGACCCCGACCCGGUGCGGGUCUGCGACGGGUCGCUGAGCAUUAUGGAUCCAAGCCUUUUGAGAGAACGGGAACUGUUCAGAAAACGAGCUCUUACUACUCCCGUGGUAGAGAAACGCUCAGUAUCCUCUGAGUCAUCGUCAUCAUCGAAGAAGAAAAAAGCAAAGGUAGAACAUGGAGGAUCAUCAGCUUCCAAACAAAAUUCUGAUCAUAGCAAUGGAUCAUUUAACUUCAAAGCUCUGUCUGGAAGCUCUGGAUAUAAGUUUGGUGUUCUUGCUAAGAUUGUUAAUUACAUGAAGACACGACAUCAGCGAGGAGACACACAUCCUCUAACGUUAGAAGAAAUUUUGGAUGAAACCCAGCAUUUAGAUAUUGGACUGAAGCAGAAACAAUGGUUAAUGACCGAGGCAUUAGUCAACAAUCCCAAAAUCGAAGUAGUAGAUGGGAAAUAUGCCUUCAAGCCAAAGUAUGACAUAAAAGAUAAGAAGGCCCUCCUGAGGCUCCUAGAUCAGCAUGACCAGCGAGGAUUAGGAGGAAUUCUCUUAGAAGACAUAGAAGAAGCACUGCCAAAUUCCCAGAAAGCUGUCAAGGCUUUAGGGGACCAGAUACUUUUUGUAAAUCGCCCUGAUAAGAAGAAGAUACUUUUCUUCAAUGACAAAAGCUGUCAGUUUUCGGUGGAUGAAGAAUUUCAGAAACUCUGGAGGAGUGUCACUGUGGAUUCAAUGGAUGAAGAGAAAAUUGAAGAAUAUCUGAAGCGACAGGGUAUUUCUUCCAUGCAGGAAUCUGGACCAAAGAAAGUGGCUCCCAUUCAGAGAAGGAAAAAGCCUGCCUCACAGAAAAAACGACGGUUUAAGACUCAUAACGAGCACUUGGCUGGAGUGCUGAAAGAUUACUCUGACGUUACUCCUGGGAAAUAGGGAUGGAUUUGUUCUGAACAAAGAGUUACAGAUACACAAUCAAGAUCUGUCUUGUCAACGCUUGGGCUCUGAAGACUCACUGUCUUCCGUUCUGCUGCUUAGGGCUGAGGAGAAGAUCAGCUCAGUUUACAGAACAGGUGCAGACUUACCAACCUCAAACUCAAGCUUACCGGGUAGGCUAAAGAAAAUGUGACGUUUCCUGUAACCGUUAUGUCCUGGGAGGAAGACACUUGGCGUGGCAUGUAGGUGUCUUUGCUAUUUGUCUCUACUUCCACAUGGUUCCUGGUUCCAUUUUUUUCUUGUUUGUUACUGUAGAGCAGGUUGGCAGAUAGUCCUGAAUGCAAUAUUUGUUUAUUCCAAAAGACAUAUUUAUAAUAAAAUCAUUGUAGAAGGGUUU